AUGGCCCCCAAGAACAACAGCAAGAACCUGCGUCGGUUGUCACCCCACACGUGCACAGAUAACCAGGAAAAAGUGAUCUCCAAGGAGAGGAGUUCAUGUGAACAAGCCGACAGGAAGGCAAGUCCGGAUGCCUCCUCCCACUGCCACGGCACAGACAUGGGCAACGGGAGUGAGUCUUCUGACCUGGACUUCAUCCUCCUGGGUCUCUUCCCCGGCAUGAAACAUGUCGCCUUCCUGGUCUCAGCCAUCCUCCUGAUUUACACCGUGGCUCUGGCUGCCAACUCAACACUUGUCCUUCUGAUCUGGGUGGACACGCGCCUUCACACACCCAUGUACCUCCUGCUCAGCCAGCUGGCUCUCAUGGACCUGUUGCUAAUCUCGAGCACUGUGCCUAAGAUGGCAGCCGACUUCGUCUCAGGGAGGAGGACCAUCUCACGGGUGGCCUGUGGAGUGCAGAUCUUCUUCUUCCUGACUCUAGGCAUUGCCGAGUGCAUCCUCAUCACCCUCAUGGCCUAUGACCGGUACGUGGCCAUCUGCAAGCCCUUGAGAUACGCCCUCCUCAUGGGCCAGGGGGUCUGCCUGCGCAUGGCUGCGCUCUCCUGGGCCGGGGGUGCCCUUCUCUCCCUGGUGCACACCGCCUAUGCUAUGCACUUCCCUGUCUGUGAAUCUAAGGAGAUCUCCCAUUUCCUCUGCGAGGUCAUGGCCAUCCUAAAACUGGUCUGCGAGGACAUCUCUGCCUAUGAGAAAGCUGUGCUGGCCACAAGUAUUGGGGUGCUCUUCAUUCCCUUGUCCUUCAUCCUGACUUCAUACGCCCUCAUCUUCCUCACUGUCCUCCGCAUGAACUCCCCUGAGGGCAGGAACAAAGCCCUGGCCACCUGCUCCUCCCACCUGUGCGUGGUCAGCCUCUACUUUGGCCCCGCCAUGCUGGUCUACAUGAGGCCGAGUUCCUCCCACAGCCCCAAGCUGGACCAGGCUCUCUUCAUGCUUGCUACCAUCUUCACCCCCAUGCUGAACCCGCUCAUCUACAGCCUGAGGAACAAGGAGGUGCUGGCGGCUCUGAGAAAGGUGUUAGGCUGUGGCCCAAACUCACACUAG